AUGGAGGAAAUACCCAGUGCGAAGAGUGAAACAUUCUCUUCUGCCGACCGAAUCAGGCAAUUGAACGACAUUGACAAGGAUGUUGCCAAACUCGUGAACUCAGCUGGGCUUGCUAUUCAGGCGCUCGCAAAUGACAAAUCCAGUGCCGCAUCAGGAAGCUCCAUUGAGGAGCGCAAAGCAGCCUUCAAGACUGCGACCUCCCAAUACUUCGCCCUCCUCUCGUCGAUUGAUGUUCGACUACGUCGACAAGUGUAUGCGCUAGAAGAAGCAGGAAUACUUGAUGCAGAGUCUGUGGCUGCCAGCGGGUCGUUUAGAGGGGAUGCAGCGGUGGGAACAGCUGGGUCUACUGCUGCAGGUGGAAGCGGGACGGCGGCGGGGGUGUUCAAUCCUCUCGAAAUCAGUUGGCUAAACAGUCGUAAGGACACUGUGGGCAAAGACAAGGAAGCUGAAUCGUGGGCUACCACCAGAGAGCUGGUUAAAAGAUUACGCGACCAAAAUCAUGACGAGGAGAAAAUGGACACUGACUGA